AUGGGUCCGCCGUGUGCGGCGGAGAGAGGGAGAGGCGCAGAGAAAUCCAAGAGAAAUGGGACUCGCCGGAGAUUGAGCGGCGGCUUAAAGAGCAGCAGCUCUCAGAGGAAUCAGUUUAUUGGUCUAGCGGCGUCGAAGAAAAAUUGGGCAUCAUCCAUUAAGUCUGUUCUUGAUCUUGAACGCGUUAACGGUGUCUCCCGGCAACAGUCCUCUGAUCUGAAACCAAAGGCCGCAAAUUUGGAAGAUAUAUUAUCUGAAAGAGGCGCUUGUGGAGUUGGGUUUAUUGCGAAUUUGGACAACAAAUCAUCACAUGGAAUUGUUAAGGAUGCCCUCACAGCCCUCGGCUGCAUGGAGCAUCGUGGAGGGUGUGGAGCAGAUAAUGAUUCUGGUGAUGGGUCUGGAGUUAUGACUUCAAUCCCGUGGGAACUUUUCAAUAAUUGGGCCAACGAGCAAGGGAUGAGUGCAUUUGAUCCGCUGCACACUGGUGUUGGUAUGGUUUUUCUUCCACAGGACGCUAAACUAAUGGAACAGGCCCAAACAGCUAUUCUGAACAUAUUUAAACAAGAGGGUCUUGAAGUGCUUGGCUGGAGGCCUGUACCAGUAAAUACUUCCGUGGUUGGUUAUUAUGCUAUGGAGACUCUGCCGAAUAUACAGCAAAUAUUCGUUCAAAUUUCUAAAGAAGAAAACAUUGAUGACAUUGAAAGAGAGCUUUACAUUUGUCGGAAACUUAUUGAAAGUGCAGGAAGCUCAGAACCAUGGGGAAAUGAGGUUUACUUUUGCUCGCUGUCCAAUCAAACUAUUGUCUACAAGGGAAUGCUUAGGGCGGCAGUUCUUGGCCAGUUUUAUUUUGACCUACAAAACAGUCUGUAUGAGUCUGCUUUUGCUAUAUACCACCGAAGAUACAGUACAAAUACUAGUCCUAGAUGGCCUCUAGCUCAACCAAUGAGAUUUCUUGGUCAUAAUGGAGAGAUCAAUACCAUACAGGGGAACUUGAACUGGAUGCAGUCCCGAGAGGCUUCACUCAAAUCCCCUGUUUGGCGUGGUCGCGAAAAUGAAAUUCGCCCAUUUGGAAACCCAAAAGCAUCUGACUCUGCGAAUCUUGAUAUGGCUGCUGAGUUGUUAAUUAGAUGUGGGCGUCCUCCUGAGGAAGCCCUGAUGCUCCUUGUCCCUGAGGCAUAUAAGAAUCAUCCAACACUUGGCAUAAAGUACCCAGAGGUUGUUGAUUUUUAUGAUUACUACAAGGGUCAAAUGGAGGCCUGGGAUGGGCCUGCUUUACUCUUAUUCAGUGAUGGGAAAACUGUUGGAGCUUGUCUUGACCGUAAUGGGCUUCGCCCUGCUAGAUACUGGCGGACUAUAGACAACGUAGUAUAUGUUGCAUCUGAGGUGGGGGUUGUACCAACAGAUGACUCGAAAGUUGUAAUGAAAGGACGAUUGGGUCCGGGAAUGAUGAUUACAGUCGACCUACACAGUGGACAGGUGUUCGAGAAUACUGAGGUUAAAAAGCGAGUUGCUCUAUCUAAUCCCUACGGAAAAUGGGUGAAUGAAAAUCUCCGAUCUUUAAAGGCUGCAAACUUUCUGUCAGUAACCGAGAUGGACAAUGAAACAAUAUUACAGCGUCAACAGGCAUAUGGAUAUUCAAGUGAAGAUGUUCAAAUGGUGAUUGAAGCAAUGGCUUCUCAAGCAAAGGAGCCUACUUUUUGCAUGGGGGAUGAUAUUCCUUUGGCAGUGUUGUCUAGAAAACCACAUAUUCUAUUCGAUUAUUUCAAGCAACGAUUUGCGCAGGUUACCAAUCCUGCUAUCGAUCCUCUUAGAGAAGGUUUGGUCAUGUCGCUCGAAAUUAACCUCGGGAAGAGAGGCAACAUACUAGAAGUUGGUCCCGAAAAUGCCUCUCAGGUAAUAUUGUCAAACCCUGUGCUGAAUGAAGGAGAGCUCGAGUCGUUAUUGAAAGACCCAUACUUGAAACCCCAAGUUUUGCCGACAUUCUUUGACAUAAGGAAAGGAGUUGAAAGUUCACUGGAGAAAACACUUUACAAGCUUUGUGAAGCUGCCGAUGAAGCUGUUAGAAAUGGUUCCCAGCUUCUUGUUCUCUCGGACAGGUCUGAUGAGCUGGAGGCAACACGGCCAGCCAUUCCAAUACUUCUAGCUGUGGGUGCUGUUCAUCAGCACUUAAUUCAGAAUGGUCUGCGUAUGCAAGCUUCCAUUGUUGCUGAUACAGCUCAGUGCUUUAGUACACACCAUUUUGCUUGCUUGAUUGGAUACGGGGCAAGUGCUAUAUGCCCAUACUUGGCACUGGAGACAUGUCGUCAGUGGCGGUUGAGCAAUAAAACUGUAAACCUGAUGAGGAAUGGGAAAAUGCCCACUGUUACUAUUGAACAAGCUCAAAAGAAUUUUUGCAAGGCAGUUAGGUCUGGCCUAAUGAAAAUUCUCUCAAAAAUGGGCAUCUCAUUGCUCUCCAGUUAUUGUGGGGCACAAAUAUUUGAAAUUUAUGGACUCGGCAAAGAUAUAGUUGACAUGGCUUUUUGCGGGAGUGUGUCAAGCAUUGACGGAUUAACCUUGGAUGAGUUAGCAAGGGAAACUUUAUCAUUUUGGAUUAAGGCUUUCUCCGAAGAUACCGCGAAAAGACUUGAAAACUUUGGAUUCAUACAAUUUAGGCCAGGAGGUGAAUAUCAUGGAAACAAUCCCGAGAUGUCGAAAUUGCUCCACAAAGCUGUGAGGGAAAAGAGUGAAACCGCAUAUUCAAUUUACCAGCAGCAUUUGGCCAACCGACCUGUAAACGUUCUCAGGGAUCUUCUCGAGUUUAAAAGUGACCGUUCACCUAUCCCAGUCGGAAGAGUCGAGCCUGCUUCCUCUAUUGUCGAGCGAUUUUGUACAGGUGGCAUGUCGCUUGGUGCUAUUUCCAGAGAAACUCAUGAAGCAAUUGCCAUAGCAAUGAAUAGAUUAGGUGGAAAAUCAAAUUCAGGAGAAGGGGGCGAGGAUCCAAUUCGGUGGAGCCCACUUACGGAUGUUGUAGAUGGGUAUUCUCCUACACUGCCACACCUUAAAGGUCUUCAAAACGGUGAUACUGCUACAAGUGCCAUAAAACAGGUAGCUUCAGGACGUUUUGGUGUGACCCCAACAUUCUUGGCUAAUGCCGAUCAACUUGAAAUCAAAAUCGCGCAAGGUGCAAAACCGGGCGAAGGUGGUCAACUUCCCGGGAAGAAAGUCAGCGCUUAUAUCGCGAGGUUGAGGAACUCGAAGCCCGGUGUCCCUCUUAUAUCCCCCCCUCCGCACCACGAUAUUUAUUCUAUUGAGGAUCUUGCUCAGUUGAUUUAUGACCUUCAUCAGGUGAAUCCAAGGGCUAAAGUGUCGGUAAAGCUAGUUGCAGAAGCUGGGAUUGGUACCGUGGCCUCUGGAGUUGCAAAGGGAAAUGCAGAUAUUAUACAGAUAUCUGGACAUGAUGGGGGCACUGGAGCUAGCCCCGUUAGUUCGAUCAAACAUGCUGGUGGGCCUUGGGAACUUGGGCUUACAGAAACACAUCAGACACUCCUUCAAAAUGGGCUUAGAGAAAGGGUCAUCCUCAGAGUUGAUGGAGGCUUCAAAAGUGGGUUUGAUGUUCUCAUGGCAGCAGCAAUGGGAGCCGAUGAAUACGGAUUUGGUUCGGUUGCUAUGAUUGCCACUGGCUGUGUCAUGGCUCGUAUAUGCCACACGAAUAAUUGUCCUGUUGGUGUUGCUAGUCAGAGAGAAGAGCUAAGAGCGCGUUUUCCUGGUGUGCCUGGUGACCUUGUCAAUUAUUUCUUGUAUGUUGCAGAAGAGGUAAGAGGCAUGCUGGCCCAAUUAGGCUACGAGAAGCUUGAUGAUGUUAUCGGCCACACUGAGCUACUAAAACGUCGAGAUAUAUCAUUGGUCAAGACUCAGCAUCUUGAUCUUGGUUAUAUUCUUUCGAGUUCAGGAUUACCAAAAUGGAGCAGCACCAUGAUAAGAAAACAGGAGGUUCAUAGCAAUGGUCUUGUUCUUGAUGAUACUUUGCUAGCCGACCCAGAGAUAGCCAAGGCUAUUGACAAUGAGACUGUCGUGAAUAAAUCCGUGAAAAUAUACAAUGUGGAUAGGGCAGUCUGUGGGCGUAUUGGUGGCGUAAUUGCUAAAAGAUAUGGUGACACUGGGUUUGCUGGACAGCUGAAUAUAACAUUUAAUGGUAGUGCUGGCCAAUCAUUUGCGUGUUUUCUGACACCUGGCAUGAACAUCCGCUUAGUUGGCGAAGCGAAUGACUAUGUAGGCAAGGGUAUGGCUGGAGGUGAACUGGUUGUGACACCCGUGGAAAAAAUUGGAUUUACCCCUGAGGAUGCCACCAUAGUAGGGAACACGUGCUUGUAUGGGGCAACAGGCGGACAAGUAUUUGUGAGAGGAAAAGCCGGGGAAAGAUUUGCUGUGCGCAACUCGCUUGCACAGGCUGUGGUCGAGGGCACAGGGGAUCACUGCUGUGAGUACAUGACGGGCGGUUGUGUCAUUGUUCUUGGAAAAGUGGGUAGAAAUGUAGCAGCUGGUAUGACUGGAGGUUUGGCAUAUAUUCUUGACGAGGAUGACACGCUUAUCCCCAAGGUGAACAAGGAAAUAGUCAAGAUUCAGAGAGUGGUCGCCCCAGUCGGCCAAAUGCAGCUUAAGAGCCUCAUCGAAGCCCAUGUCGAUAAAACGGGUAGCAACAAAGGCUCGGAAAUUCUUAAAGAUUGGGACAAAUAUUUGCCGCUCUUUUGGCAACUCGUCCCGCCUAGUGAGGAAGACACACCUGAGGCGUGUGCCGACUAUCAACAGACAUCUACUGGGCAAGUGACUUUGCAGUCAGCAUAA